UCUUAUCAAAUGUGCAUUUGUGCUUUCGUUUCUUGCCGAUAAUGAUUAUAUUCAAGAACUUGAACUUUGAAGGAGGCCUCUGCUUCAUUCCUUUUAAGAAACAUAAAACUGUCAUUUGCUAUACUCGCCGCAACUUUUCGACUUCAACGAAAGCUUGAAAAAUGAAUAAACUGAUAUUUCUACAAUAAACAACUUGAUCUAAAAGUUUCGUAGCCACUAUUCUUACAUAUCAGAAUGACUCUUGUCUUUCAAGCAGUGUCACUAUUUUUGACCUUGAUUACAAUCGCAACGUGGAUCUUCUUUUUAGCCCAGAGCAGAUUAAUGAAGAAGACAAACUUCGUGUUUUAUUGCAUUGCGUUGGCACUUGCCGACGUAAUGAGUGCUCUUUGUCGACUUUCAACAUAUUCUGGGCUCAGUGAGGUUUUGAAUGGCGACCAGAAUCAAAUUCUGGCGGCGGCGAUGUUGACAUGUGGACUGUUCUCGGGGAAUAUCCAGGCGCUGGUUGCGGUGGAGAGGUACUACUCGACCCAGAUGCUUGUCGUUGCCAGACAUCAACUGAAUAAAAAAGAACUGUUCAUCCGCCUGUCAGCAGCUCUCCUGCCAUCAAUUCUGACUCCGUGCGGGCUCUUGGCCGCCACUUACCCCAAGCGUAUCUUCAGUGUCGGAGUAGACGAACACUUUUUCACCAUCAACUUAGAGCCGGAAGCAGUCGGAAAUUACAUAGGGCUCUGUAGUGUGCUCAUCGCUGGCUUGAUUGCCCCGGGACUCAUCAUUUUUGGGUGCUAUGUGAAAGUUGUCGCGAAUCAACACAAGAGGAAACUCAAUAGCAAAGACUCGAUGAUACGGGACCGGUCGCAGAAGGUCACGAUGGUGUGUGGCUGUUCCGCCAUGAUCUUCACUCUCUACUCGGUCCCCUCUGGCAUGGCUGCACUACUCCAGAUGUUCCAGCCAGCCUCAGUCGUGAAGACUGCUUGGAUGACUGCGGACAUAUUCUGCAAAGCCGGAUCUCUGGCAAACUCGGUGUUGACCUGGUUCUGCACUAAUCACUUGAAGGAUGCACUCAGAGCUAACAUGUAUCGAAGUACAGACAUGACUUCUGGUGGAGGAUCGAGUCUUGCUACUGCCAAAACUACAAUCAGCCUGGCAAUUUCCCCCUGCAGAAAACCCGCUCUCGUUCCUAAUGGCUGCCAGAAACCCUAUUUAGGAGGACCUAAAAAUCAGAGAAAACUGAAAGCAAGACACCCGGCCCCAAAUGUGCGUCAAAACGGAGCAAAACGGCCCAGUCUAAAUACUAGUGGGAGACUUCAAAACUCGCACAUCAAGACGAGCAGUUUAUAAAUAAAAUCAGUAUCAAUUACUUUCACCCAGUGAGCGACCAAAUUAAAUAUCAUUAUGGCGUAUUACCUUGCGUUGGGUUUUGUAAAUGUCUAUACGUGUGAUGUCCAAUUUAGUUUUUGUUUAUGACAAUGGAAAAAAUCUGUGAAAACAGAAGUUUGGUCUGAUAAAAAUUUGGUGAUAAAAAUUUGGCGUUUAAUAUUUUAAUGUUAUGCUAGUUAAAGGUAGAUUUAAAACGAGAGCUUCAAAUACGGUCGGGCUCAUCAUAUGUGACGUGCUGUUCUGUUGUAGCUA